GCACCACGACCACACUUCAGCUUCUUCACAAAGUAAACUUCAACAACUCUCUCCAGAUUUAUGACCAGGAAAUCUUUCAUAGGAUGCCUUCCUUCUUUGGUUAAGUACGGACUUUCGUUUCUUUUAUCACCCCCCGAUGAUAAUGUGAUCCAAUAGAUGUAGACAUGUUGAACAAGGUGAAAUUACACGUAGCAUUUUCUAAGUUUGCCCAGAAUUCUUGUCGAUUUUGCUUCACUUGCUGUGAAGUACUAUCCUCUGACAGACUCUCUGUGUCAUCUAUGUUGAUCUAACUCUGUCUUGCUUCAGAUUUUUUUAUCUAUGAGAAUACAAAUUUCCGAGAACAAGGUACAAGGAAGAUCCCGAAAAUCUCUUUGUUGUUAGCAUAGCUGCGCAGGACUUCGAUCAUCAUCACAUUCUUGUUAUCUGCUUAUUGCAGUGAUGCCUACUCUCUUCUAGCUUGUAAUUCUAUAGUGGUGAUACACGACCCGAUUCUUGUCAACACUAGACGAGAAUGUUCGUGAGUAAAAGAGGCGCUCCACACUGAGAUAUGACUAAAAUUGGUUCUUUGUCGUGACGACGAUGAUGAUUGGUUCUUUGCCGUCCGUACCUUGUCCGAGCAGCUCAUGACUUUUGAUCCUAGAAAUUAGUGUGUGUCUCACCUGAAGACGGUAUCGAAAACAAAACAAAAAUUUACCGUCCUUCCAAAAAAGAGGCGCACAACGUGAACUAUAAAGAACAACUAUUUACUAGAUUCCUCAUGCUCAGUCUACAUAAGCUCAGUCUAUCUAUAGGGGUUCAAAUCUCAACUGAUAAUGACGGAGAGAUCUUCAGGAGCUUCGGGAAGAAUAAAUUAAUACAAGCAUAAGAUGGUCUUCUGCUUUUUGACGUACAAGAACGCGACAUAAAUUCUUCAAAAUUUUCAUUUUGAUCAUCCACUCUGUAUCCGUGAUAAUCUUGAUAAGUGAGUUCUCAGCUGCAGCUAGCUCGCUUCGCACAUCCUAGUCGAAGCGUCCUCCCACGAGGCUAUUGCUAUUCUGCUGUUGACUUACACAGAGGGUACUUAAUAAAUUGUACGAGGAUAUGAGAACUACGCUUUUCGAUAAAUAAGCCCUGCUGCGACGAUGCUCGUGGGAUGAAUUUGAAUCUUAAAACAAAAGAGCCGUCUUCAAACAAAGGAUCUUGCUUCUCUCCUACUCGCAGUUUUAAGAAAGACUGCACUGGUUCCGGUGUACUAUCAUGAUAUCCAAGGAUGAUAAACUUUCUGUUUCUAACUCACAUCUAGCACAAGGCACUGAACGAAUACGAUUGUCGACGUCCAUUUUCUCAUUUAACAGCAAUCACAGAGAAGAAGUCCUUUCUGUACAGCACAUAUGAUCACAACGACCCACCCCACCAACCAUGACCUUCUCUCUCUAAAAAGCAAUUGAAGAUAGUUGUCAUCACGAUAUUAUGAAAAAGAGGGCGCAACAGCAUCGAUCUCAAGUUGUAGUGGCAGCUCUUUUAUUCCCUAAAAACUACCGUCUACGGCCUGUUGGGUGCUGCGCGUAUUUUUACGAGGGCUGCUCCCACAGACAAGGUCGGUGUGCCGGCUUUUCAAGAGCGUUGGAGCUGCGGCAGCGAGUGCUGUGUUACAUCGGUCGCAGUAUCCCAGUCAUGAGCUGAAUUAUAUUCAAUGGCGUCUCUUCUCUCAUGUCACUCGUCAGACAGCUGGUAGAAGUUUCCUUUCGCACGCUGCAGCCUAGGCGUGGAACAGCACUACGUGCUAUCUGUCCUGCCGUAGUCAUUUGCGUACUACUUCGACUCAGGAGCCGCGUUUGGAUGUAACAACCCUUGGAUCAUACCUGAGACUGCUGUGGCAAGUCAACACGGAGUUUCCUCCUGGUUUGGGCUCGUGCUGCUGUCUUCGAACGACAUUACGUGCAGCAGAAAAAGUACUUUGCGAGUGUACGAACGCAAGUAUCUUCAUCUGUUUGGAGGUCGAACGCAUGUGAGAACACGCAUUCAGCGAUCGUGGUCUCUUCUAGCAGUCAAGGUGACUCGUCUCUUCUUGGUACCUACUUACUUAAUCGUACGUAGAAGUAACUCGAGCGGCACAAAAGAUCGAGAGAUUCUUUACGACAACUGCUAGCGAAGCAGCAUCAUCUAGUAAGAUAAGCAUGGCGACAAGACAGCGAGUUGGUGGGCCGAGAGGCAACGCCGGUGGCAUGUGGAGCCAACCUUACGGGCAACAGCCCGAUGCUAGUACAACUGUGUUGCCCAAUUUUGCCUCCUUCCCAACAGGUGGAGCAUCACAGUACAAUAAUGUACACAUCAGCUUGGCGGGUAGUGGACCUGGUUCUCAACAAGGUCCAGGCCAGUACAACAACCAAGAGUCAGUGCAGCAUAUGGACGUGGUCGGGGGACCUCCAUCUUCAACAAAGUCAGCUUCCUUUCACCCUUCGACAUCCUCUUCAACCAGACAAAAUAAAGACAGAAAUGGUCCAAAGAAAGAAAUGGAUUCUCUGUUGGAGGAAAUCAAGCAGAAACAGAAUCUAGAUCAAGAACGGAAGCAGCUAAGGAUAGAAUUGGAGACCUGUACGGAUGACAGGAAAAAAGCGCAGCUCGCCAGAGACCUUCAAGACCGAAACUUGGCCUACAGCACACUCACAAAUGGCAGGCCAAGCACCGACGACAGGUAUCCCUUCUUAUGCCCAAGGUUAUAUCUCCUGUCACAUCAAUGUUUUAAGCAAAUGAAACAUGCUUCACAUUACACUAUGACUAUCAAGUUACUUCUACUCAUUAUAUAUAGCUCUAAUAUAUAGUGUCAUCUUGCUUUUAUUCUUCAUUGAGUUAUCUCCAUGAGAAUUUGUUCUACUUCCAAAAAAGUAUCAAGUUCAACAUGAUCACAACAUUCGACGAUCACAGAGGGUUUGGCUAUAACGAGUGUGGGCCUAACAUAGGAGAACGACGGAGUGGAGCCGAUCUGCUGGAGCCUACGACGAAUUUGUUUUUUCAGCAAUUACCUUCGGAUGCUUCGGAGGAAACCAUAUGUGCGGCGUUUAAGCGAUACGGCCGUAUCGCGAGCGUGAAGGUACUCGAGUCCUCCAUCUAUCAUGAUAUGGAAAAAGUUGUUACUCCUGGUCUUAUGCAAAAAAUAGAAAGAAAUUGGUUACUUACCAAUUUUUACCUCAAGUAGAGCAUAGUACAGAUGCAUACUAAGGUUGCACAACAACGUAUGUUGUCGACAUCAUUUACCCGUAGACGCACAAAUAAAGGCGGUCUUAUUCAUUUUUGAGAGCUUGAACUAUAUAUAUUGGUGUUAUGGUGCUGGUGUUGUAUGUCGUCUAGUAGAAUUAUGUAGAAGUAUUGCGCUGAAUCUUCCUAAGUGCGACCUGUAGUUGUGCCUAGAAGCAGUAUAAUAGUUCAAUCUGCGUCAAUAAGACUUCUAUGUUCAAUGGGCUCAGGAGCGACACAUAUCUUCACAGUUGAGUAGUCUCUUUGCCCUAUGAUCCUCGUGCAAGGAAAAAUCCACCCACGACGACUACAUUUGUAGCUGCUGCAGCUUCAACACCUCCUUAUUGUUUUGUUUUUUUUUGUCCUUCUCUACUUCAGUUGAUGUACCCUCGCACCCAAAACACGACCGCGGAUUCGCGCGGCGAUCGAUCCAAUCUGCUCUCCGGCUUUGUGGCUUUUUGCACCAGAGUGGAAGCCGAAAGGGCGAAGGAAGCGAUGGAUGGGCAGCUCUGGGGUGAAGUUGUCAUGCGCAUAGGCUGGGGCAAAGCGAUUCCUAAAGCGCUAGUGGAGCAAACUCUGAAUUCCGAGUCCUUCCUCAUAUCACCAGAAGACAUGGCCAAUCUCGAAAAAGUACUUGAGUCAUUUGGAUAGAAGGUGGCUCUUCCAUUUAACUUGUAGGUAUAAUAACGCCUUUUUUUAAGUAGUUAUGCUACAACAUAGACCUUCACAUGCCAAGGAGUGGGAAUUCAAACUCUUGUAUCUUCCCCUGUACGUAGAAACACGAAAAUUUACCUAUUUUAGCCCUUCCAACAACCUAUUUUAGCGAAUCGCUAAUUAUAGCAUAGAUAGUACAUCACCUUUUAUUUUUUGGCAAACAUAAUUAAUAAAGGUUCACGUUCAAGUGCCGAAGAGUCGACGAGCGCGCAAUAGGAUCGAUCGUUUAGCGAAGAUUGUGUGGGAAGACGGGCAUGGCGUCGAACAAGCCUGUAUGGAGAAAGUGAUGUCGAAACGGGAUGCGCAUCGCAACGAGCAGCUACAGCAGUGGCGGAUGGAGCAGCUUACGCUGGGCGUUCCAGAACACAUGCUGCCAGCUCCGCCACCAUUUCCACAUGCGUACUUUAAUAUAAGACUUCAUUUUGCCUGGAACUACAACUCUACCACUACUUAGUACUCUGAUUUCGAUAUUAGAUAAAAGUAGAAAAAGCUUCCUCUUUGCUUCUCGCGUGUGCAUAUUGAGCUAAAGUGACCAAAGUGAGGGUUCUAGCGCGAAAUUGCAUGUUAUGAUGAGUAGAAAGCGAGAUCGUUGGGCUUUUGGUGUUGAGUCUCAUAUAAUGUAGUACAAUCAUUUCUCUAGUGGCAAUGAGCGGUAGAUGCAGCUGCAAGCUUUGACAACUCACUUUUCUUAUGCAAAAUCAUCAACACAUCAAUAUCAAUUUAUGAAACUUUUCUGCAGGUUUGAUUUCUUAUUUGAGCAUGACACUGCAGAAAAUCUGUACUACCGUUGGCGGGUUUUCUCUUUGUCUCAGGGUGACAGCUUGAAGAUAUGGCGAACGCAGCCAUUCCAAAUAUACGUUGGUGGCAGAAUAUGGAUUCCGCCAGCUUGUGAAUACGAAGAGCGUAAGCGUCGUCAGCAGGCAGAGCGCGCAAGCGUAGACGAAAAGACACUGGUAUUUGCAAUUUUGCUUCUUUUAUUGACAUGAUCAACAGCAUGUCCGCUGCUAGAACGCGUUACCGACAGUGCUACACUUACUGGUGAUUAUCUUCACGAGUAGAUUUUCAGAAUUGCGGCACCUAUCGUUUUUCUAUGUACUGCGAAACAUGAUGGAAAUGUUCAUGCCGUCUCAUCGUUGUUCAACCGGCCUGCAGAUUGGAUUCCGAACAAUACGUGAGAAGCGUACUCGAGCAUAUUCCAAUGGGUCAUACAUUUUUUGUACUCACGCAAAUAUCAAUAAACCGACAUUUUGAUUACUACAGGAACGAAGUAGCAGCGUGGCUUCUGGCUUAUCGUCCGCUAUCGGCGGGAAGCGCAGUGGCGUCCUAGGUGAGCGUGACCGCAAAGAGCUGGAGGGGCGCGUGCGGAAGUUGACCUUGAGUCGCAAGAGCAUCCUAGAUGGGAUGGUGCACGUCGUAGACUUGCUCGCUGAUUACAAAAGUGACGCGGCCGCGAAUGAGAUCUGCGACAUCAUAACCGACGCUCUCUCUCUGCGCGAGACGAACUGCGGUGCGAAACUGGCGCGCUUGUAUUUGGUGAACGACAUUCUGCACAACGCGGCCUCACCAGCCUUGAAGUUCGGGUUUGCGUUGCGCCGCGAGUUCGAGCGCGCACUCCCCAGUGUUUUUGAGCACUUCGGACUCUGUUUAGGGGACUGGGAGGCACAACACAGCACCAAUGGGGACCAAGACGCGGCGAAUUCUGGAGGAGACUUGACUUCAGCCCUGAGUGUGCCGCUGGUCCGAGGCAAGGUGACCGCGUUGCUACGCGCCCUCGACGCCAUCUACGGUCGCGCGGUCACCAAGGGCUUGGAGUGUAGCGUCUUCACCACGGAACGGAUCCGGUCGUACAAGGACAGGAGUUCAAGAAAUGGCGGUCUGCCCAACUGGUUGCACAGCAAAGUGCGAAGCUGGGAAUCCCAGCACUUUUCGCAGUUAGAGAAAGAAUGUCGCUCGCACGGCCUACCUUGGAUACCCUCGUCGGCGCAACUCGAAAGCAGAGGAGAACAGAUUGAAAGGGUCAGGCACGCCUGGCUAGUCGACCGUUUGGUAAAGUCAUAUCCACCCUAGUUUGAGCUUGGCUUUGAAGUUGAAAAUGGGCAUACGCUUUUCUGAAUUCUGAUCUGAGAGUUACCAUAUUAUAAUGCCGUGUUAUAACUUAUGAAUCCUGAUUUACUUGGUGUGUGUCUAUAUCAGAAGUGUAUUUGUCUCAACUUUGGGAAACCUGACAGGACGUCAUCAUCUAUGUAAAUCCAAAUGUUUUUAGGUCAAUUACGAGCUGUAUUGGUCCAAACACGAGACGGAUUCGCAGUCGCCCUGGAAAUUGGACAAAUUCGACUCGGAUUUUGACGGUCGACCUUUGGAUGCUGCCGACUUGGAGCAUGUGCCUUUGUCGCUUGGGGAAUUGGACGAUUGGGUUUGGCUCGAAGGCAUGCUGUUCCACGAUCUUCGAGACGUGGAUGCCCGACCGCUGCUGGGCAAGUUCGCUGCCGUCGCAAACGCCGCACAUUCAUCCGGAGUUUCUCCGAUAACGAUAGCUUCUAUGGGCAACUCGUCUUCGAAUAAUGGGUCGAGAACUUCAUCGUGGAGCGAGGUGAAGGAGUCGGAGCAGGUGAUGCCGAUGAGCACACUAGUCCGGCUCAACAACGCCAGAGCACGAGAACAACAAGAAGAGAAAGACCGCGACUUGCGAAACUUCGAAGAAGACCUGGAUGUGGUAAGCACUAGUAAACGGAUUCAUGACGAUGACUAUCAUGCUACAUUUUGAUCUUUUGAUUCACAACUCGGAAGUACUUUGCUACACUGUCCUCGAAGACCGAAUUUUUUUCAGAGCUCCUCCCUGCAAUAUUUUUGAUCCUCUUGUGUCGACAACAACCCUGGUUUUGCAUUUUCUGAUACACAGUUGAGCACUUAAUAUGUACGUGUACCUACUAUUAUACAUAGGCUGGGGGAUUCGCGUCUGCUGACUUGGAUGGUGUUCCCAUGACAGCGAAGAGUAAGAUGUAUGACGAUGACCACUGGGACCGCAGCGACAGUGAGGAUCAAGGUCCUCCGAGUCGGAACAAUCUAAGCCAUGGUGGAGCAGAGAAUAUUCAUCACCAUGCUAAUGUAGACCAUCAUGGAGCGUUUCCAUCACCGCAGCAUGCUUCCUCGAUGGGCUCCCACCACAGCGACGCCGGCCGAGGCCAUUCGUACGGCAGCAGUCCUGCGCCUCAUAGGAAUUGGUCCUCAGGUUCACCGGCAUCAGGAGGCGGCAGAUACGAUCUGAGGGACUUGAGCCACGAGACGCGGCGACGAAUUGAGCUGGAGGCAGAGGAGUACCGGGAUAAGUUGGAAGGGGAUAACGAGCGAAAUAUCGACUACCGGGUAGAAGAGUACCGAAAAGACUUGCUCUUCGACGCUUUGAAAGCGAACGCAGCUUCCUCAGCUGCUUCAGCAGCACACGGAUCCUCUACUUCAGCACACGGUCAACAUCAUCACGCAUCUGCGGGAGGAGCUUCAUCUUCUUCCUCGUCGCAUGCAAAUCAUCAUGUACCGAGCAGUACCUCUAGCAUCUCCGGCUUUAACCAGAACCAUCUUCAUAGCAUCAAUAGUGUUGAUGAUAACUACAACAGUACUAGCACGAUGAGUGGCCAUCACCAGCAGCGGAGUCCUUCUCCUCGGGGAGCGUCUCCAGGGUUGAGUAGGGAAAGCUCUGGCAAGCAUACGCGAGACCGGUCGCGAAGGCGGCAAAAAAAAUCAGAGGUGGCAAGGGAGCGGAGUCGAGACCGAGAACGCAGUCGCGAUCGUGACAGGAAGCGAAAAGAUAGUCGAACUAGGCGUAGACGAGAUCGAGAGGAUGACGACAAAGAUCGUGCAAAAAAACGCAAAAGAUAAUCAUCUUCGAUAUCCUUGUCGUAAGUGACAGGAGUGGUCUCCCCACUGACUUCUCCUUUUGCCUAACGGCAGAUCGUGACGUUCGUAGUAUCAGAGGCUCAACAAGGUAUUCAUACAAUGUGAUAUCAGAGGCUCCACCUGAAAGAACGUCCUCGGAGUUUUGUGCUAGGGGCACAACUUCGACGUUACUGAAUUUCAAUGCCUCUGCCAUACCUCAUUUUCCAAGAGCAGUCAUUCUCAUAAUUUUCAUAGGCUCUCAAAUCCUGUCGAUCCCUUCCAUAGUUGUCGCCUUUUUCUGCGUCACGUCCUUGUACACCAGACACAUGUUGAAACUUCACUUUGGUUUAUUUUUCCAUUCAAAUGAGAUCUAGUCCUCGUCCAGCUCUAACUCCCCCAUAUGGUUUUGCCCCGCGGCCCUGUCUCUACUUCCCCAUACCCGCGCUAAAGGAUAUAACACGCUCACAGGGAACCCCCCUCUAGUGAACAAUUUUGAAUGUGACGAGGAUACUGUCGUACAGACAGAAACAUCCAAUUGAUUGGAAUGUUUGAUGGUGUGCAUGCGCAAUAGCAGUGUCUGGGUUGAUGUUCUAGGUGAUCUGUUCCUUUCCCCGGUUCAUUAGGCUAAGGAUGGUAGGAGAAAUGGAAAUCAUGAUCAGAGAGUAGGAUUUGAUGUCGAAUACUAGAUUAUAGAGGGGGUGGAUGUUAUGAACGAGGAUAAACAACACGAACAGAUAAUGUAUCUUCUUGCAGUGCAUCCAGUUGAAGCAUUACCGAGGUGGAUACCACCUGUUACAGUUGUGUUGUCAUGACAACCAAUGCGUGACUGUGAGGGACCGAGUAGAGAUUGAGAUUGCG